AAGGCACUCUGCAGAACUCGCCCUCAGCCCGCACCACCUGUCCAGGGGACUGGUUGCGUGUCAAUGUGUCUCCCAGGGUUCCCACAGAUCUUUAACUUAUUGGCCUUUGGGCUAAUUCAGUCCUUCAAGCAUUCCCCGCCCAACAUGCCAGGAAGUCUUCUCACGUGUCUUCCACCCCACACCUACCAGUUCUGUUUUCCCACUACCCGAUGAAAGUGUAACCGCCCCCCGGCCCCCCCCACACACACACCCUGUUGGUCCCACCCUCAGGGCGUGGUGGUCCAGGUGAACGCUUGCCCUCUUUUUGAGCUGCACCUCCCCACAGAGGCUGUCAGCAAAGACUGCUUUGCUGUCCAAGGCUGGCCUUUAGGUACAGGACACUAUGCAUGUCCAGCGAGGCUUGUUGAAGCCACAUCUGUCAUAGAUAUUGAUGGGAAAAGCAUUUUCCUUCUAACACAUCUAAUUCCAAUUCUAAAAGGCACCUCUCAGGUCUUGCUGAACUUCAUCAAGAUUUUCACGUGGUUUCCUUAGUAAAGUGUGAUGAGAAGGUCCAUCCUUCUCAGGAUGAAGGAGUGGUCCAGGAAGCCCUGAUUGGUCUGCCGGGGAGGGAAGGGCUGCCUUAUUUGGAGACCUGCAGGAAUGCCACCUCCCCCGGCAGCUUCUAUAUAGCUGGGCGGACCUGGCUGCCAAGAGGGUGUGCUGGGGGACUGUGCAGCUCGAGGCUUCAGAAGCACACUCCAGAGAGAGCCAAGGUUCUGACGCGAUGAGGAAGCACCUGAGCUGGUGGUGGCUGGCCACUGUCUGCAUGCUGCUCUUCAGCCACCUCUCUGCGGUCCAGGCGAGGGGCAUCAAGCACAGAAUCAAGUGGAACCGGAAGGCCCUGCCCAGCACUGCCCAGAUCACUGAGGCCCAGGUGGCUGAGAACCGCCCGGGAGCCUUCAUCAAGCAAGGCCGCAAGCUCGACAUUGACUUCGGAGCCGAGGGCAACAGGUACUACGAGGCCAACUACUGGCAGUUCCCCGAUGGCAUCCACUACAACGGCUGCUCUGAGGCUAAUGUGACCAAGGAGGUAUUUGUCACCGGCUGCAUCAAUGCCACCCAGGCGGCAAACCAGGGGGAGUUCCAGAAGCCAGACAACAAGCUCCACCAGCAGGUGCUCUGGCGGCUGGUCCGGGAGCUCUGCUCCCUCAAGCAUUGCGAGUUUUGGUUGGAGAGGGGCGCGGGACUUCGGGUCACCAUGCACCAGCCAGUGCUCCUCUGCCUUCUGGCUUUCAUCUGGCUCAUGGUGAAAUAAGCUUGCCAGGAGGCUGGCAGUACAGAGCACAGCAGCGAUCAAAUCCUGGCAAGUGAUCCAGCUCUUCUCCCCCAAACCCACGCGUGUUCUGAAGGUGCCCAGGAGCGGCGAUGCACUCGCACUGCAAAUGCCGCUCCCACGUAUGCGCCCUGGUAUGUGCCUGCGUUCUGAUAGAUGGGGGACUGUGGCUUCUCCAUCACUCCAUUCUCAGCCCCUAGCAGAGCGUCUGGCACACCAGAUUAGUAGUAAAUGCUUGAUGAGAAGAACACAUCAGGCACUGCGCCACCUGCUUCACAGUACUUCCCAACAACUCUUAGAGGUAGGUGUAUUCCCGUUUUACAGAUAAGGAAACUGAGGCUCAGAGAGCUGAAGUACUGCACCAAGCAUCACCAGCUAGAAAGUGGCAGAGCCAGGAUUCAACCCUGACUUGUCUAACCCCAGGUUUUCUGCUCUGUCCAAUUCCAGAGCUGUCUGGUGAUCACUUUACAUCUCACAGGGACCCACAUCCAAACAUGUAUCUCUAAUGAAAUUGUGAAAGCUCCAUGUUUAGAAAUAAAUGAAAACACCUGAGCUGGUGGCUGUGUACUUUGACUGGUACAUGGAGGCUAUUUUAAUCCUUCUAACUAAACUAAAAUAGAAUAAAGGAAUUAAACUAAAAUAGAAGUAAAGCUAGACAAAGGCCCAGAAAUCAUAUUGUAAGGAAAUGUUAUUGGAAGCUGAUUCCCAGAGCAGACCACAUAUACAGCAGGAUGUGCCUGUGGCAUGAAGAUUUUCUUUCUCUUUUUUUUUUUUUUAGAUGGAGUUUUACUCUUGUUGCCCAGGCUGGAGUGCAACGGCAUGAUUUUGGCUCACUGCAGCCUCUGCCUCCCAGGCUCAAGCACUUUUCCUGUCUCAGCCUCCUGAGUAGCUGGGAUUACAGGUGUGUGCCAUCAUGCCUGACUAAUUUUGUAUUUUUAGUAGAGACAGGGUUUCGCCAUGUUGGCCAGGCUGGUCUUGAACUCCUGACCUCAGGUGAUCCACCCAGCUGGGCCUCCCGUAGUGCUGGGAUUAGAUUUUUUUUUAUUUUUUUUCAAAAGAAGGGUAAGUGCUUGCUGUUCCCAUCCCUGAAACAUUGCAUGUAUUUAAGAAAAACAAAAUGUUAAUGGCAUAUUUGCUUCUAAUGUUCUCCUAACCCUACAUGCAUGUUUUAUGUACACCCAUAUGAGUAUCUUUAAAUAUAAUCCCUUUAUAUCUGUGUUCUAUGCAAAGUCUCUCAUUUCUUUCAAGGCAGCCUAAUGAAGGCCAUCAUCUCUGUAAACCACUUGUCACUACAAAAAUACAAUUACUCACCAAAAACUUUAAAAAAUAAAGCUGUGUCUUUAGGGAGACCCAAUAAAGAGUUCAAUCCAUGCCAUAAGCAGGAGUUGAUACACCACCUUAUUAGCUAAAAAUAUAUAUAACACAAUAUGAGUAAUGUUUAAGAUCUGUUUUAAAUUUAAAAUAAUGAAUUGAAUGCUCUAAGAGGCUCCUACAGGUGCUCCAGGCCACUCUCAGAGACUCCCAGGAGUUGUUGAACUAUAUUUGGAGAAAACAGCCACUGAAUAUUAUCAUUUCUCCUUUAAAGAGAGUUUGUAAGGGGGGAACAUGCAUUUUAUCAGACAAUUUAUCCAAAGCAUUUCAGAACAUGAGUGCUGAUGAGGGCACCUCUUGUGCUGAGUCCCCUCAGCUAUCAGUGUUCUUCUCAAGGACACAUUUGGAAGGUUUUAACAUUGAAAGUGAGUGGAGGACUUGGGGGCAGAGCAGCACAAAGAAACAGCCUUACACUGGGCACAUGGAGGAGACGUCCACCCUGCAGCCAGGACUGGGGUUCACGUUGCUGCCAGAGCUACACUCGCCUUCUGCUUCCACAGUCCUGUUAAUUCUAGAUCAGAGAGCAAGAAAAAAGUACAGAACAUAUCCUCUACGGUUAUUUCCUGCUUUCUAAUUAAAAAAAUAAUAACCAUGGCAAGAGAGAAAGAAAGAGAAAGUACUCAGAGGCUGACACUGACAUUUCACUUCCUCGCUCUCCUAAGUUUAAUUACAACAGCACGUGCAGCCACGUCAGCCAAAUGACUUCAUUUCUGAUGUGAAAACGCUUAGGCCAUGAUGUCGUUCAUUUUCCGUAAUUGCUGCCUUUUCUCAUUCUGUUAAUAGUCCCGGCAACCAGAUUUCAUGUGUACAUGGUGAUUCAAAGGCAAAAUUUGUUUAUGGGGCUUUUAAUCGAAAGCGUGUGUGCCUGAACAUUCUUGCUCAAGUUGAUGAAUCAUGGGGUGGAAUAAAGGCUGAGUCUAGUUUUUCACUUUAGCAAAGGGGCAAUGGGGUGCCUACUAGGUGCGAGACAUUGGGAGGGGCUUCUGAAUUAUUCUGGAUAUCGUCAUUUUGCAGUGUGUAUAAUUUCACCAACCAUUGCUUUCGUAGCCCCUGCUAAGUGUUGACUUCUUAAAAUAUAAGUUUAUUGUAAAAGUGACAUGAAAAUUACAACAGAUAUUCCAGACCAAAAUAAUACAACAAUCCCAGCAUCUGAUUGAGUCAGUGUUUGCUGUUUCCCCUGUACUUUCCUAGUUCUUAAGCAUUUGUGUAUAUAAACAUUCAUAUUUGCAAUAAAAAAGUGAGCUUUUAUAUUCUAAAUUUUUACUUAACUUAAUUCAAUGCUUUCUACUCAUUUUUCUAUACUUUUUUUUUUUUUUUUUUUUUUGAGGCAGAGUCUCAUUCUGUUGCCCAGGCUGGAGUGCAGUGGUGAGAUCUUGGCUCUCUACAACCUCCACCUCCCAGGCUUAAGCGAUUCUCAUGCCUCAUCCUCCCAAGUAGGUGGGAUUACAGGUGCCCACCACCAAGCCCUGCAAAUUUUUUUGUAUUUUUAGUAGAGACAGUGUUUUGCCAUGUUGGCCAGUCUGGUCUCGAACUCCUGACAUCAGGUGAUCCACCUGCCUCGGCCUCCCAAAGUGCUGGGAUUACAGGCGUCAGCCACCACGCCCUGCCUACUCUUUGUUUUCUUUCCUCCCCACCCAUUUUCUCCAGUCCUGCCCCCUCCUUCCAGCCUGAGAUGUAGGCUCCAUCUUAACUGUGCUCAGAUACAUAAGUGAGGGCUUUUUAACUUGAUUAUGCCUUUUAAAAAUACUAUGUAUGUAAAAUAUUUAUUCAUCUGCAAUUUGGCUUCCCUAACUUAACAUUGCAUCAUGAAACUCUUUGGAACAACAGCUAUCUAGAUAGCUGGCUCAUUCUUUUGGAUUGCUACGUAAUCUCACUUAAUACAGAUGUAUCAUGAUUGAUUGAAUCAUUGCCUUGUUGAUGGGCCUUCAGAUUAUUUCCAGUUUUUUGCCACUGCAAACAAUAAACAUCCUUGUACAUACUA